AUGUCAUCUGGGGAACAAUCUGUGCCGUCAUCUCCUCCCAUUGUGUAUCCCACCAUCUCGAUGGCGGAAGUAAAUGAGGGCUCGGAAAACACAAACUUCGCCACUUUCGACUUCGACGCCAGCGACAUUGAAUUAACCCAUAACGAGACAGAGGCGCUUCGUCACAUCGGAAAUAUCACUAGUCGCGACUACCUCGCCACUGGCUUUAUGCCGGCACUUUCUGGGACUAGCCUUAACACAGAGGCACGUAUUGAAGAGCAAUCUGUUGUCUCAUAUAGAGUGGCUGGGGGAGAUAUUUCGGAUCGUUAG